CAUAUUUGCGAGAGAGAGAGAGAGAGAGAGAGAAGAAGCCUUGCUUCUUCCUGUAAACGCAAGCAGAGAAAAAAUAAAGUGUACAACUCUGGCAAGAAGAGCUAUCUAGCAAGGUAGAGAAGUGUUUAUAGGAUGGAGGCUAAUACCAUCGUUGCUCCUUUCGUCAUGAAGACAUAUCAGAUUGUGGACGAUCCAGCUACGGAUACACUUAUCACUUGGGGCAAAGCCAACAACAGUUUCAUCGUCAUCGACCAUUUAGAUUUCUCCCAGAGGAUCUUGCCUGCAUAUUUUAAACACAACAACUUCUCUAGUUUCGUUCGCCAACUAAACACCUAUGGUUUUCGAAAAGUGGAUCCAGAUAGAUGGGAAUUCGCAAACGAGUGGUUUCUUCGGGGCCAAAAGCAAUUGUUGAAGAAUAUAGUUCGUAGAAAGCAAAGCAAGGGCUCAUGUACGCAAGCUAAAAUAGAGGAUUUUGACAAUGAAGAGCUAGUUAUGGAGAUAGCAAGGUUAAAGCAAGAACAAAGAGUCCUAGAGAAAGAGCUUGAGGGUAUGAACAAACGCUUAGAGGCCACUGAGAGACGACCUCAACAAAUGAUGUCUUUUCUUUACAAAGUUGUGCAGGAUCCUGAUUUUUUCCCUCGCAUGAUACUCCAGAAAGAACCAACCAAACAAUUAAAUGACAAAAAGCGCCGGUUAAUGAUUUCUUCUUCUUCGUCGUCCUCUGGUGGGGCCGCGAUUUCUUAUUCAGUGAAGUCUGAAGAUGAAGAAAGGGAAAGCGUUGGGGUAAUAUCGUUGCCAGAAACUGGGUUUUGUCAUUCUUCACAGUUACCGGAGAAAAAUAUCAUAAGGUGGUUGGGAGAAGAGAACUAUGGUUGCGACUCAGCGCCUAAUCCAUUCACAUCGAUUACGAUGGGUGGAGGGAUUGGGAACACUAUCACUAUGGCAGUGUCUCCACCAGAGAAUAGCUUGACAGGUUGUGGUGGUAACAGGGUUGGCCAAAUAAGCUAUUUCGGAGAACUGGCGGCAAGGGUGGAGGCUAGACCACCACCACCUUAUCCAUUCUCGCUUUUAGGUGGUGGCUUUUAGCUGCUUCUAUUCACAAAAUUUAUCAUGGAUUCUAUCUUGUAUAUUAUUUUUGUUUUUUAGCAUAUUAUUGCUUUUAUCCCUCUUUUCCUUAUAAUUCUUGUAUAAACAAGUGAUUUAAAUCGUUACAUAAAUUAUUAGGCAAUUACAAA